AUGAAUUGAUGUUUUUGAGUGGAACAUUUCUUCAGGUCAAAGGUAAAGUAGGUAAGACGCUUUGGGAUGAAAUCUAAUGUCUCAUUUGUUCCAUCUCUGUUCAUAGACAAUUACAUGAACUCAGCUGCUGCCACUCAAGACUCGGGGUCUGAUGAGAGCCUCUCAGGACCGUCCGUGACUUUACGGUGCUCGGUCCUCCGCCCCCUUGGGAAUAAAACAUAUACAGACGGACACAAAGUAUACUGGUUCAGAUCUGGUACAGACGAGGCACAUCCCAGCUUCAUUUACGCUCAUGAAGAAUGUCAAAAGGUCAAAAAAGACUCGGUGCAGAAAUGCUUUUACGCAUUCUCAAAGAACCUCAGCUCCUCUGAUGCCGGAACGUACUCCUGUGCCGUGGCCGCAUGUGGGGAGAUUUUUACGGGACGCGCAAGAGAGAUCACCAAAAAAGUUCAAAAUGCGGAUGGGUGUGAUUUACUCCAGUAUCGUAUCUAUGUCUUCUUGGGUGCAGCUUUGGCCCUGAGCGUCAUCUCUUUAGCCUUCCUCAUCAAAAAGAGCAUGACCCAAACAUGUUUUUGCUGCAGAGGUAAGAGAUUCUGCACAUUAAUAAUCAUCACUAGAGGUUUUUCAGCUUUUUUGAUCCGCUCAUCCGCAAGGCCACGAAGAAACAUCCAGUGGUGUCCAGCAGAGUGACGAGGACUCUUUGGUUUAUUCCAAUGUGGCGAGGAAGUCGCCAGGAAAAGUGGCAAAGGAGGCCAGACGGAUGUGAGACGUCCGGACAAAUUCAGUACAUAUACCGACGUUUGUCUCAUUAAGCGAAAUUCCAAUGAUCAAUCGUUUUGAAAAAGUUACUCAGGAAAAGAUGAUGAUCAAUUUUCUUUCACGAUAAUAUAAAAAUGUUGAGGUUGGAUUUGGAAGCGUCAUGUCGUAAAGCGUCAUCAUUUGCUCAUGUUUUACUUGAAAACCGCUGCAAAUAAAAUUGCAAUAUUUCUUUGUUUAUUUUA